GAGCGGCAUGCCAUCCUGCCUUUCAGAUCCAAAUUCAGUUUAUGUUCUACGAACUGUAAAGAAUAGACAGUAGGAACCAUAACAGAGCAGUCUCCGAGAGCAUAUGAGGAGGAAUUCUAUGAUGGACGCUGUCUAUCUUGGAAUACUUGGGUGGCUUUCAGUGUCCAUUCCUCGAAUCGGAGCCUUUCAGCCCUUGCAAGCGACACCCAUGGUUCAUUCCCGAGCAGUUACAGGAUCCGCAAAGGCAAGCCAGGGCUGCAACGAAGAGGAAAAAGCCAGCGAAAACACUCGCCGUGGCAUACUGGCCUCUUUUGCACUGACUUCCGCCACGGCAAUAUCUCCACUCCGUUCCGGAGCGGCGAACAACCCACCGUCGGUGUACGUACCCGGAAUACGACCGACUGCGUAUCUCGUGGACUCCACAAUCCCCCCAACACUGCUCUCUUUCAACAAUCGAAAGGAAGCUUCGAUUCUUAAAGGACUAGGGCAAGGCUCAGGAACAAACAAAGAAGCUGUUCUCAUCGAUACGGUUAAUCUGAACAAUAUGCUGAACAAAGCUGUUUUUGGAACCAUCGACGCAUUUUCUUCCGUGAAAGGUUCUCAAAACGAUAAUGUCCGGGGAGGGCCGGGAUAUUCGUCGUUUGUUUGUCUCGGUCUUCCAAGCGAUACCACGGUAACGGAUGUUGAGCUUGCUACGAGCUUGGUUCAGGCAGUAAUUCAACCCCGCAAAGGCAAGAAGACGGCUGUCGCUCUUUGGUUUGCGCCCUUCUCCGCACAAGCGUCUCUGGAUCAGUACGUCAACGGAGGAUCGGAGGCGGAUCUCGCUAAUACCUUGUCGAGAACAGGAGUGAGCGAAGAAAUUAUCAGGCUGUAUCAACCAAUAUUACAGCUGUCUCGCCAGAAUUCUUUGGAUCUGAUCGCAAUGGCCCCAGAAGCCGAAGAUAUUGCGACAGUUCGGGAUCGUGGAAUCCAAUUUGUAGACCCGAAUCGCCGAUCGCAAUAUGUGGUUGAUCCAGAAGGUUUUAUUUCUCUGACAAACGAACCUAGGUUCAAACUCUAUACGGAUCGUUCGCUGUUCAAGGAUUUUCAGCCACUCAACGACAAGGAUACGGCAGGGGCCUUUUUCGCCGAACGUAUAUUGGUACACGAAGCUGGCGCUACCGUCAUGGCCAAGUACGGAACACAAAAUUUGGACUCACUCGUCCUCGCAGUAGCCCCCACACCAGAUCUUCGGUACCUCGGUGGCUACAAUGGCCGAAUUCCGCGAGUUUGUGCACAUUUCAGUGGUCCUUCGAAUCAGGUUGGUAUGAACGCCGUUACGACGAUUCUACUAAAUCCGACUGCAAGAGAAACGCUUUCCGCCAGUCGGUAUCUACGACUAGAAAUUGGCACCGGUCCAGAUACACUAGCUUACCAGACUAAAGUAGCUGACUAUCUUUGGUUCAGUGCCUCUCCCAAGGUCAAUUUGAUUCCGAGACUCAUGGAUGAAUAAUGGCAGUUUAAUCACUGAGUAUGAAAUCAUCUCUGAUGUAUUUGUGUCUCCCGUUUUAGGAACAAGACAGGACUUC